AUGGUUCGCAUACAGCCUAGCCCUCGCCCAGCCAAGACCAGCCCUUCUCUAUUUUCCGAUUUCCUUAGCAAGGACAUUACCACCGAAUCCGUCCCAGGACGCACUCGCCGUUUUGGAUUGAUAAAACCGCCAUCGGAUGCUACCAGCAUCAUACCUUCCGAUACUCAGAUGUUGGGCCUGCAACAACGGCCCUACUGGGCACUGCAGCGCCAUGGAGGCGACGCCCCAACGCCCCCAUUGUCCACAUCCACCACAGCCGACCCCUCGGCAGCAACGUCACAGUCCCGCUUCGACGGCUACACAGAUGUUUGCCAUAACCAAGGCCAGCCUUCAUCAAGAUAUCUACCACCUGGUGUACCGACAGGCCCCGCAGCAGAUCGGAAGCGACGUAACCAACCUGGUCACCUCCCCGGCAACCUUGGCACCGGAGACAAUAGACCCCCUCUGAACGCACCGACUGGCCCAGCAGCGCAGCGAAAACAAGCACCAAGACUAAUCCCAACGCAAGGCUCGCAACAGUUGACGAGACCAGCCGAGUCUGCCUCAUGGUCCCAGUCACUGACUUGGCAAAGCGACCAGGCACGAGCUCGUGAAUCUUUCAAAAAGAUGUCGGCCGAAAUGAGACAUCUUGGUAUCGACCAAUCGCCAGCGGCCCCCAAGGAUUUCAACGAAUACCUGACCACCAAAAUGCAUAAUGUGCAACGCGGUCUCGCUCUACAGAAGAGACAGCAACAGAGGGCUGAUGAGCAACAGCGUCAUUCCAAGACGGAGGAAGAGCAUGAUCCCACUCAGCCACCCAGAAUCGAGGCCACCCUACACCGCAGUCUUACCUCGGACAAGCUAUCUCCGUUGUUUGGCGCAGAUUUGUGCUGGAACGCGCAUUACACGAGAAUGGACUCGAUACCACACAGCGAGCGCGUCGAAUGGCCACCACUGUCAGCUUUUAAGGAGGCUAGCCGCCGAAUCGGACCGGACGAUACAGGCCGAUUUCUGCCUCUCCCUAGGCAGAAUCAUACCCGAGAACCGGUACGAGUGAUUGAAGGCGAUUGCGCAAACGACGAAAGAGACACGAUGGACUACCGUCAAAAGGUCAUCAAGCUAGACAGGCUCAGUCUUUCUCCACCGCACUCUUUGCUAGAGCUUGAUACAAGUAUUACUUGCGACGUCGACGUCGAGUGUCUCCCCAUUUGGACCCGCGAAAUAAUCGACGAAAUAGUGCUGAAUGAGAAAGAUGACAUGGCCACGACUCAAGAAAGAGAUGGGAACAAGGAAAAGAAGUGCGACCUGGAGCAAGAGAGGAAGUGA